AGAGAGAGAGACAGAGGAGAGUGUUUUAUUUUAGUUAAUUUUCCUCAUUGCCGGCCAUGAGUGACACAAUGGCUAGUCCCGGUGACUGGUUCCAAUUCUACCGGCGAAACCCCACCGGAGAAGAUAGAUCACCACCUCCAGCAUCAUCAGCGAUGUACGGUCAAUUCUCCGAUGCAACCGUUGUCACUUCAGUUAGCACUCCGGCGACCGGAAAUUCAACUUUGAUGAGUACUGGUAGUACCCACUUGAACGCAGAAGGCCGUGUAGCGAAACCAAGCCGGAGGAGAUCACGGGCUUCAAGGAGAGCUCCUACUACUCUACUCAACACAGACACCACCAAUUUCCGAGCCAUGGUUCAGCAAUUCACCGGAGUUCCUAGUGCACCUUUCACCACUACUGGAUCUCAAACUGGUCCAACCACCAACUUCAAUUUUGGGCUUGGAAGUGGCCAACACAAUCUGAACACAGCUACAGUCAUGAACCCUUCUGGGUAUCAUCUGCAACAACAGCAAUUCCAACAACAACAACAACAGCAGUAUAUGCUCUACAUGAACAACAACAACAACAACAACAACAACAACAGUACAAGAGAUGAGUUUCUUGAGAGAUUCAAUAAUGGCAAUCAAAGAUCAAACAUGGAGGUUUCUGUCUCUGAUGGGUUUCUGAUGGAUAGUAUUUUCCUCCCACGUGCUUCAUAGGCUGAAGGAAGGAAGAAAGUUAGGUAUUGACUUGUAACAGAAGGCUUUUUGGCUGCUUUGUCUAGUGAUGUAAAUACCAUAAUCUCUCUCUCUCUCUCUC